UUAAAAUAUAAUUUACAUAUUAAGUUAAACGUUUGAUUCGUAAUUUCUAAUGGCUUACACGGAAAAAGUGUCUCUUAAUGGGACCGCUCUUUCGUUUCUAUUAUACGAGUGUGUUAAUUCAUCUAAUAGUCAGGAAGGCUUUCUGAUCGGAAAUGUCACAUCUGAAAUAACUAAUCAUAUAUCAGAUUCCCAAAAUGACAGUGCACGACUGGAUACGCAAAUAUUCAUAAGGACAGUAUUGCCGUUACCAUCAGUGGCUUUAUUUUAUUUUCCAACAGGUAAAAUAAAAGAAGAAAUAUUAUCUGAAUUACUCUCAAGUACAGCAAAUGACAUCAUCGGCUGGUAUAAAUAUAGAAAGAAUAGUAGUAUUAAGCCUACUUUUAGAGAUAAGUUAAUAUCAAGAGGACUGCAAAAGUAUUUUGAAAAAUAUCAUGGAAAGAAAAAUUUUGUUACUUGCAAUUUAUCAUCCAAAACUUCAUCAUCUGGUUCAACACAUACAUUUACAUACAGAUUUGGCAAAAUUAAUUGCUUCAAUAUGUAUGAAUAUGUUGAAGAUGUCACUGCUAAUUUGGGUGAGAAACUAACAGGGUAUAAGAAGGCUCCUAAAGUUUCACCUCAUAGCAUAUUCAAUAAAAUUGUCAGCGAAAGUAAUGUACAAAAUAACAACACGAAUGAUGCCAUCCUGCACAUUCAGGAGGCUGUUGACAUUAAAAUGAUCAGUGAAGCAAAGCUCGCUGCAAGAAAUGAGACUGCUAUCCGGGAGUUGGAAGCAGAAAUAAAACAUAUGACUGGCAUUUUAUCUGACAAACAUAUGGUAGACCUACAAGAUGCAUACAACAAGUCAAUGGAAGCAAAAUUAAUAGAUAGAGAAGUUGAAAUGGCUGAAGCUUGUGUUAAUGUUUUAAAAUCACCUCCUAGUGUGGACAUCAUGAGCAUACCCAAUAUCUUCCUUAAUAGCAACAAUCUAUCCGAUAGUGAAAAUUCAGUACAAUUAAUAGAAAAUGAGAUUAAUGAAAGAAGUUCAAGCCCAAUUGCAGUUGCAUCUACUUCAACUAAACCAACCUUGAACUAUGCAGCUGCGCUCAAGAAAAAUUCUGAUGUAGGACCAUCCACUAGUAAAACCGAUGAAUAUGAGGAUUUAAUCUGCUUCGAUGUAGAAGAUAAGAAUGUACCCAAACCGAUAUUCAUCAGUGAAAAUAUAAAAUGUUUGGAUGACAGUUCCCCUGAGUUUUAAAAAGUGCCUUAAAGAGUUUUUUUCUCUAAUUCCCAAGUUACCAUACAAAAUCGAAAUCCAUUUCCUGUACAUUUUGUUACCUAAUGUUGUUUAACUCUGUUGUUUUAGUAAGUGUUACUUUGUUUUUUAAAUCAUUUACCUUCACUAAUUUGCUUUGACCAAAAUCUAUACUGAAUAAAGCAUAGAUUUGGUUAAAUUAAUAAUAAAUUUAAUUUGUAUCCUGCAUCUGAAACAAUAGCAACUUGAUAUUAUUUGACCAGCCUACAUCAGUCUACUGCUAGACUUAUUUGAUCAUUGUGCUUAUAGUAAAGGAGUGGAACAAGUUGCCUGCGUUUAUAUUUCCAUCAAAGUAUAACAUCGGGGCCUUGAAGACUAGACUGUAUGAGAAAAGGCUAACUAAGCUAACUCGUACCAUCGCUCACACACUCGAUUUCGAUCACAUCGCUAUUUAACAUAAGGUGGGAUCUAUGUCAAAUGCUAUUCAUUAUUGAGUCGAAUCUGGGUAUGUGAGAGUCGUUGUCUGGUCCCGAUGGAUGACCUCUACAAGCGAAAAACUUGGGUUAGAGAGACGUAUUGCAGUCACCAGGACUCUCCCUUAUCCAGGUUCAAAUGUAUUCAUAUUUUAAAUUUAAAUACUUACGAGGUUAAUCGGGAACGGUGCCACAUAUUUGAAAGUCUGAAAUUGUUUAUUGUCUACUUGGAUUUACUAUUUGUU